AUGGCAUACGCUUAUCUCUUCAAAUACAUCAUCAUCGGAGACACAGGUGUUGGAAAGUCAUGUCUAUUACUACAGUUCACAGACAAGCGGUUUCAGCCUGUUCACGACCUUACCAUUGGGGUAGAGUUUGGAGCAAGGAUGAUCACUAUAGAUGGCAAACAAAUCAAACUGCAGAUCUGGGAUACGGCUGGUCAAGAGUCAUUCCGGUCCAUCACCAGAUCUUACUACAGAGGAGCAGCAGGAGCACUACUCGUCUACGACAUCACAAGGAGGGACACCUUUAACCACUUGACGACUUGGUUAGAGGACGCUCGCCAACAUUCCAACUCCAAUAUGGUCAUCAUGCUCAUUGGCAACAAGAGUGACCUGGAGUCACGGAGAGAGGUAAAGAAAGAGGAAGGGGAAGCAUUUGCCAGAGAACAUGGCCUCAUAUUUAUGGAGACCUCAGCCAAGACUGCCUCGAAUGUAGAGGAGGCUUUCAUCAACACAGCCAAGGAGAUUUAUGAGAAGAUCCAAGAGGGUGUUUUUGAUAUCAAUAAUGAGGCUAACGGUAUUAAGAUUGGACCUCAGCACCCUACCACUAACUCGACACUGCCCGGUAGCCAGGGAGGCCAACAGGCCGGAGGCGGCUGCUGCUGA